GUAACUUGACUGCUUCGCUUACUCAUUUAUAUACCCCCAGGCUCUUCGUGAUCUUUGUAUACAACUUGACUUCUGAUCUGCUUAUGCUCACUCUCUCGCGCUAAUCACUACUACUGAACUCGAACUUGCUAUCUGGAAGCUCUAAUUGAUUACUCGCUUGCUACUCACGAUGUCUACCGGCCAGGAUGAAACUGAAAUCAUAUCAGGUAUCACUGGGUUCUCUCUUUCGCACGUUCUAAGUGGCCUCGAUCUACCUUCUGGCCCCGGUCUCUCCAACCAGCUCGGAAUUUCUGGUAUUCCUUCUCUAAACGAAAGUCAGCUCUUCGAAAGAUGGGACGCAGAUGUUGUUGGACUGGGGGAAGGAGAAGAUUGGGAGGAAGAGGUCAACCGAGAACUGGAGGAAGAGUCAGAUGAGGAAAGGACACCAGUCAAGCAGGAGAUGGUAUCUCCUAAGUACACAGGUCCGAAAGAGAAGAAGAGACGUGUCAUUAGGCGGCUCGUUGAACGACCGAAAACCGUUUACGAACGUUUCCCCACUUUCGAGAGGGAUAAAGUGUUGAACUUCACCGAGUUGUUUGAGGGGAAUACCGUGCAUAAAUCGCGUGUAUCGAAACGACCCUUCCAAGUUGAGAUCACGUUUCCCAGGAAGAAAGAGGUCUCGAGAGGGUUCUUGGAAGCUAUCGUAGGAGACACGGAGAGGCAAGUGGAGAGUAAGCGUGUAGAACAGGUUGUUGCCGCCGGAAGCGUCGAUGAAGACCUACGACAUGCUCUCGAGGAGCGGGAGAAGACAGGUGUCCCGGUCUCUCUUCCAUUACACGACCGCUCCUUUGACCUAGUUCUCCUGUCAAACUGGGAAGACCAGAUCAUAUAUGAACCAGAAGAGGAAGAACUUGAAACGCUUGCACCUGUGCCACAAACAGACCUCACCACACCCCUCAACAAAGCGCUUGAGUCGGGUCUCUGGACGCAGAGUAUUAUAUGGAAUCCUCGAGCGCCAUUCCGAGACUUCACUCAGUUAGAGUUGAACGAGGAAGACCUUACACAGGAGGAACGACCAAUACCGGCAGAGGUUGCACGACCAAAGAAACGUCUUAGGACGGAUGCUACUCCCAAGGACAGGUUUAACAUAUCGAAUGACCAGUACUACGAGGUGCAAAAGGAGGGUGGCAGGCAUCGUGUCAGGCAGACGUUUGGUCAGCUUGUUGUCGAACAUGCCUACCCCGCCCAGAAGUUGCAAUUGCCAUUCUACAAGACCCGUCUUUCGAAACAAGAAGCUCGCUCCUUCCACAGACCCGCCCUUCAAUUCCCCUCCAACAUCGAGAUUCGUUUCAGCAAAGUUCGAACCGCAAAGAAGAAGAAAGACAAGGCGGGUCGCAAGAUUGGCAAAGGCGGGAACGUGGGCGAGAGUCUACACAAAACUGGAGAUCUGAGUUUGAAGGAUACCAGCAAUUUCGUGCUCUGGGAGUUCUCGGAAGAACAUCCACCAAUUAUCUCAAACUUUGGAAUGGGGAGUAUUUUGGUGAAUUAUUAUAGGAAGAAGAAUGAAAGAGAUGAGUUUAUACCCAAGUCCGAUUUGGGCGAGCCCAUCGUGAUCGAACCUCAGGACGAAUCGCCAUUCAUGAAGUUCGGCUCUGUUCAACCAGGACAGACCAUUCCUGCCUUGUACAAUAACCUCGUUCGCGCGCCUCUGUUCCGACAUAAGCCUUAUCCAACCGACUUCCUUGUCAUCAAGAGUACCACCAAGAAUGACACGAAAUAUUACAUUCGAGAGAUCAAGAACUUGUUUGUGGUCGGGCAGACAUAUCCCGUUACUGAAGUUCCCGGGCCCCAUUCAAGAAAAAUCACCAAUACAAUUAAGCAUCGACUACAAAUCAUCGCAUUUAAGCUUCUGCAGAAGAGUGUCGAAGAGCGGUUGAAGAUCUCGAGGUUGAUGAAGUACUUCCCAGAUCAGAACGAGUUGCAGAUGCGGCAGCGUCUGAAGGAAUUCAUGGAGUACCACAGGCGGGGUCCUCACCAAGGAUUCUGGCGACUGAAGUCAAAUUGGCAAAUACCAUCUGAUGCCGACAUGUUGAAGAUGGUCACCCCUGAACAAGUCGUCCUAUCGGAGAGUAUGCAGGUUGGACAACGACAUCUGCAAGAUUCUGGUUACAGCUACAACGGCGAAGUCGCUGAGGAUGAUGAGGGUAACCUCUCCAUCGAGCAACAAUUAGCACCCUGGAUUACGACCAAGAAUUUUCUAUUCGCUACCCAGGCCAAGGCUAUGUUGCGAUUACAUGGUGAAGGUGAUCCCAGUGGUCGUGGCGAGGCUUUCAGUUUCAUUAGGGUGUCCAUGAAGGAUAUCUUCGUGAAAGCCGGUGAAGAUUACGAAACGAAGCUCGCGGAAGCGGAGAGCCGUCCAAAAUCUGCCCACAGGUACAACGUUGCUGAACAGCAGCAGAUAUACAAAUCUGAAAUUGAGCGUAUCUGGAAAGCUCAGUAUGACUCGCUCAGUCGCAAGGAUGAGCCCGAGUUGUCGGCGGAAGAGGAGGAAGAUAGAAAACCUGACACUUCAAUGGCGGGGCCCUCCCGUCGACAAUCUGUGGCCUUGGGCUAUACUCCAGCGCAAUCGUCGCUGGCUAUUCGUCAUGAUACUCCCGGACCUGGGUCACCUGCGUUCAGUCGAGGCUCGUCUCUUGCUCGUGAGGUCAGCAUGGGACCUGAGGCGCAGAGGAAUCGAGUCCUGAGAAUCAAGCGAUUCGUUAACGGAGAAUGGAAGACCGAAAUUGUCCGUGAUGCUGCUGUGAUCAACGCCUAUGUCAAGAGACGACAGGCCAUCGAGGAGGAGAACCUUACUGCUGACGCCCUUGCUCCCACUGGUGAUGCAGAGAAGGACAGACGAGCGAAGAAGAGGCUGGAAGAGGAGAUUGCAAGGAUGAAGAAGAAUCAAGAGCGUCGUCUUCAUCGGAAGAAUGCCAAGAUUGUCAAAGAAGGUGGUACACCUAUGCAACUUAAUCGCCCGGUUAAGCCAGAUACGACCAGACGAUGUGGCCAUUGUGGGCAGAUGGGUCAUAUGAAAACUAACCGCAAAUGUCCACGGUGGGCAGAGUUCAACUCGGGCACGCCACCGAUGCCCACCGCUGCUGCUGCGAGUCCGUCUGCGACUUCUCCGACCAGCUCAUCAACCUUCAACUUUGGCAAAACUUCAGAUCCGUUGUAUUCUCCUGGAGGUACGCCGGGGCCUUCGGGAUUACUGCGACCACCGAAUCCUUCAGCUGCUCAUGGGCCGUCACCGUUGGCUACCAGUCCUCCAGUGAUCGCCAUGGAGGAAGACGAUAAUGACAUACCACCAUCCUCUAGUUCUGCUCCAAAGCUCAAGCUCACCCUCAAGAAGUCAUGACCAGAUAUUAUAUCCGCUUUACACUACUGUACAUUAUAAAUACAUUUAUCCAUCUUAUCGUCGCUAUUUGAAGUCGGGAUAAUCAAUGGCUGUACCAAGUGGUCCUGAGGGUAGAAAAAGUAGAUCAGACGUGUCGUGAAUGCAUCCACGGGGAGUCGAGCUCAGAGCCAGGCCAUGUAGAACGCUAAAUAAUUUCAUAAUUUCAAAUCAU